CUCCUCGGCCCUGCCCCAGGAGCCGUUGGAAUUUGAAUCACCGGCGGGCUGAGGCCGGAAGCAUUGACCCCCUAGCCAGGCAUGGAGAGGCCGGGAGCCAGUGCUCGGUGCCCCGUGCAAGAGCAGCGUGCCCGUUGGGAGCGGAAACGCGCCUGCACUGCCCGGGAGCUGCUGGAGACCGAACGGCGCUACCAGGAACAGCUGGGGCUGGUGGCCACGUACUUCGUGGGGAUUCUGAGAGCCAAGGGCACCCUGCGACCAGCGGAGCGCCAGGCCGUGUUUGGGCCCUGGGAGCUCAUUUACGGCGCCAGCCAAGAGCUGCUUCCCUACCUCGAAGGAGGGCACUGGGGACAGGGGCUGGAAGGCUUCUGCCCCCACCUGGAGCUCUACACCCAAUUUGCUGCCAAUGCAGAGAGGUCCCAGACCACCCUGCAGGAACAACUAAAGAAAAAUAAACGUUUCCGGAGGUUUGUGCGACUUCAGGAAGGCCGCCCUGAGUUUGGAAGCCUGCAUCUUCAGGACCUGCUCCCUCUGCCUCUGCAGAGGCUCCAGCAGUAUGAAAAUCUUGUCAUGGCUUUGGCUGAAAACACAGGUCCCAACAGCCCUGACCACCAACAGCUCACACGGGCUGCCCGGCUGAUCAGUGAGACUGCUCAGAGAGUCCACAGCAUUGGUCAGAGACAGAAGAAUGACCAGCACCUCCGGCGUGUUCAGGCUUUGCUCAGUGGCCGCCAGGCAAAGGGGCUUACCUCAGGUCGCUGGUUCCUACGUCAGGGCUGGCUACUGGUAGUGCCUCCCCGUGGGGAGCCUCGGCCCCGAAUGUUCUUCCUCUUCUCGGAUGUGCUCCUCAUGGCCAAACCUCGACCCCCACUGCAUCUGCUGCAGAGUGGCACCUUUGCCUGCCGUGCCCUCUACCCCAUGGCCCAGUGUCAACUCCACAGGGUCUUUGGCCACUCAGGAGGCCCUUGUGGUGGACUGCUCAGCCUGUCCUUUCCCUGUGAGAAGCUACUGCUUAUGUCCACAGACCAGGAAGAGCUGUUGCGCUGGCACCACAGUCUAACUUUGGCCAUCAGCAGCCAGAAGAGCUAGAGGAAUCUUACAAAUUCCAGAACCCAGGAUACUUGAGGGAUAGAUCAGAGUCAGGAGUACAAAGAAAUCUUCAGUACUAACCAAAACACAGAACCCUUCAUGGUUUGAGAAGGGUCAUUUUGUGUUUGUUUGGGACCAACCAGCCUCUAAGAAUAAGGAAACAAAGUCCGACCCAAUUGAACCUCUGCUGAACCACCCCCUCCGAUACAGAUGAGGGGCUUUGGGACUGAUAAGCCUGGUGCUGUGUUUAUAGCUGGUCGUUCAUCAAGACUACAGCUUUGUAAACGUGGAUGUUUUUAUGUUGUAUGCGUUUCUAUAAUUUAUUUUCCCAUUGGAUUUUAGUAAAGUGGUUUGUUUUUGUU